AUGUACAUGUUUGCUUUCGCAGACAAGCUGCUGCGUCUUCUCGUCCCGGUCGCUGUCUGUCUGACCAUCUAUCUGUAUCUAUAUCCCGUGUUUCAUGGAUGUGCCUUUCCUUCCAGAAGUGCUUCGCGGCUGACCGCCGUGACCGAGACGCUCAAACAUCAUCUUUCCUCCGUGCACGGGUCAGACGAGCCAAAUGACGCCCUGAACGUGCCCUUCCGGCUCCUCGUCCUCGCCGACCCACAACUCGAGGGAGACAGUUCCCUUCCCAAACCUGAGGAUGGCCUGCUACCCAAGCUCGCUCGGCACUGGAGCAGCGUGGCAUCGGCAGAACUCGGCGACUUAAUAUACACUGCGAACAAUACAAUACGAGAAAUCGUGCUGCAAGACAUUCCCGAUGCGGUGCAAGCCUUGCGCAAGCGGCUGGACCUGUUUGGCAACGACUACUACUUGGGCCACAUCUAUCGUACUUUACAUUGGUGGUCGAGACCGUCUCAUGUGACUGUCCUUGGAGACUUGAUCGGGAGCCAGUGGGUUACCGAUGAGGAGUUUGAAUGGCGCGGCUGGCGGUUUUGGAACAGGGCGUUUCCCAAGAGUGACAGGGUUGAGGACGAACUUGUCACAUUGGCCGAAUUGGGAAAGGAGAAGAGUUUUGAUAUGAGCGACGGUAGCUGGACUACCAAAAUCAUAAACAUCGCCGGGAACCAUGACAUUGGGUAUGCUGGAGAUAUAUCGAGACACAGAUUGGACCGGUUUGAACGAGUCUUUGGAAAAUCCAACUGGGACGUUAGGUUUCAAUAUCCGCAAGUAAACGACACAAUACCAACCAAUGCAACAGGCCACCAACCGUCAAUUCAUGUGAUCGUUCUAAACAGCUUGAUUCUGGACACACCUGCUUUGGCCGAAGACCUUCAAGCAGAAACAUACGAUUAUAUUAACAGCAUCAUUUCCCAUCGUCUGAGACCGGUUGAAGAUCGUUCUUCGUUCACUCUCCUGCUUACGCAUCUGCCACUCUACAAGGACAAGGGUGUAUGUGUUGAUGCUCCUUUCUUCGAUUAUUGGGGCGAUGACGACGGUGGCGGAGUGUACAGGCCUCAUGGGCUGAAGGAACAGAAUCAUCUCAGCGAACAUGUCAGCCGUCAAGGCACGCUGGAAGCAUUGUUUGGCAUGCAUGGAAACAUUGACGCUCCAGCCCAAGGCAAAGGCAGACACGGCCUUAUCCUUACCGGCCAUGAUCACGAGGGUUGCGAUGUGUGGCAUUACAUUCCUGCUGAUUCAGUCUGGUCUGGGUCUAGCGACAGUGGGGCAGAUGAAAAUCGACGAACAUCAUGGGACGCUGUUCCUUGGAACCAAGCGAACCAGAGUCUCUGCCAUACCGGCGUCAGGGAGAUCACCUUGCGAAGUAUGAUGGGCGACUAUGGUGGUAACGCAGGGCUUUUAAGUGCUUGGUUUGAUUUUGAGUCAGGAGAAUGGGCCUACGAUAUUCGUAUGUGCGGAUUGAACGUCAAAGUAUGGUGGGCCAUUCAUGUCAUUGAUCUGGUGGUCUUGACGCUUUUGCUGCUCAGCCUUGUCCGGGCAAUCCUCAACCAAGCCAAACACCCGCAUGUUCCCAAUCAGCCGAUGGUCUCAGAUGACGCAGCCAAAGCAGAUACUUGA